AGCCAACCAGCCGGUCGUGGCGUGUUAUGACGUUUUUCAGCCUGCAUAUAACAACAGCAUAAACUAUAAAGUGAAAAAAAAAGGGGGAAAAAGAAAAACUCACGCGAUCACUGUGAGUGUUACGAGCACGACCUAUAUAUCCGUUUCCGCGAAAAUGUCGCGAAAACGCUGCCACAGUGACCGUCUGCUUUCACUUGUGCCCGCCUCAAACUCCGCGCAGCCAGCGUUCGGGCGAGUUGCGGAAACAGUUUUCCUGACUUUGAUCAUGUCUUUAUUACGUGGCUUCUCUUUAUGAACCUGUCGUGAACGGAUAGUAUAAUAUAAUCGAGUGGAAAAAGAGAACAUUUAAAGAGGCACGCACGAUCGUUCAAGAUGUCGGCAAUCGUGGAUCAAACCCCGACCUCGGCGAAGUCUGUCAUCGACCUCUUCACGCCUAACCACAUCCCCACUGUCACCGAGGAGAAAAUUGACUGUGAUGGACUUGAUGAGAAGACGGCGCUCGUCAGUCCCAGCGAGGAGCAGUACGACGCCCUCACCAGACAGCUGUCGCAGCGGUUACGGAAAGGCCACGGCGAGGCAAUCUAUGAGAUCGGCAUCGGAGGUCAGGGCGACCCCGGCCUCUCGUCGGAGGAGAUGGCGGCGUCGGUGGCGACGCUCCAGAGCAUGGCCUCCACGCUGGAGUGCGACUGCGUGCUGCUCCGGGAGCGGAAGUCCGGGGACGGACUCGCCGCCGAGUACCUGGUCCGUCGGAGGGCCAAGGAGAACGACUUUGUCGAAGUGAGGGUGGCGGUGGUGGGCAACGUGGACGCGGGCAAGAGCACCCUACUGGGGGUGCUGACCCACGGGGAGCUGGACAACGGGCGGGGCCUGGCCCGGCAGAAACUGUUCCGGCACAAGCACGAGGUGGAGUCCGGCCGCACCUCGAGUGUGGGCAACGACAUCCUGGGCUUCGACUCGAGGGGCAACGUGGUCAACCAGCCGGACCCCCACGGGGGGCAGCUCGACUGGACGCGCAUCUGCGAGCAGUCCUCCAAGGUGAUAACCUUCAUCGAUCUGGCGGGCCACGAGCGCUAUCUCAAGACUACCAUUUUCGGCAUGACCGGUCACGCUCCGGACUUCACCAUGCUCAUGGUGGGUGCCAACGCCGGGGUGGUGGGCAUGACCAAGGAGCACCUGGGCCUGGCCCUGGCCCUGAACGUGCCGGUGUUCGUGGUGGUCACCAAGAUGGACAUGUGCCCGGCCAACGUGCUGCAGGACACCAUGCGCCUCCUCGUGCGCAUCCUCAAGUCCCCCGGCUGCCGCAAGAUCCCCGUCGUGGUCCACACGCCGGACGACGUCGUCGUCUGCGCCACCAAUUUUGUCACCGAAAGGCUGUGCCCCAUCUUCCAAGUGUCCAACGUGACGGGGGACAACCUCCUCCUGCUCAAGAUGUUCCUCAACCUGCUGUCCACGAGGAUGCCGAACCUGGACGCGGACCCCGCAGAGUUCCAGGUGGACGACACCUACUCGGUGCCCGGCGUGGGUACGGUGGUGUCCGGCACGACGCUGAAGGGGGUGAUCCGCCUGAACGAGGUGCUGCUGCUGGGGCCGGACCCCCUGGGCCACUUCCAGCCCGUGGCGGUCAAGUCGAUCCACCGCAAGCGCAUGCCGGUCAAGGAGGUGCACAGCGGACAGACCGCCUCCUUUGCCCUCAAGAAGCAAGUGAAGCGUUCGGACAUCCGCAAGGGCAUGGUGCUGGUGUCGUCCAAGCUGGAGCCCAAGUCCUGCUGGGAGUUUGAAGGGGAGAUCCUGGUGCUGCACCACCCGACCACCAUCAGUCCCCGCUACCAGGCCAUGGUGCACUGCGGCAGCAUCCGCCAGACGGCGUCGAUCCUGUCCAUGUCGAUGGACUGCCUGCGCACGGGGGACAAGGCCCUGGUCCGGUUCCGGUUCAUCAAGAACCCGGAGUACCUGCGGCCGGGCAUGCGCCUGGUGUUCCGUGAGGGGCGCACCAAGGCGGUGGGCAACGUCCUGCGGCUGCACCCGUCCACCUCGGGGGGGCACCACCACCACCACGCCGCCGCCGCGGCCGCCAAGGGCGCCGCAAAGACUGCCCAGCACCAGGGGCGCCCUGCUGCCGAGAACGGCGACGGCGGUGCACCGGCUGCGGAAGGUUCGGAGACGGUGCCAUCUGCAAACACGGUCGUCUCAUUGCCCCGGGGAGAGACGGAGCCGCAGAAGGCCAGCAAACGGAACCGGGGACGCUUCAGAGGCCCCCGGACUGCGCCCCUCAUCUGAGGCACCGCCCCCUCCCUCUUGCUCCGGUUUUUGCCUGUUUUUACCGUAGACUACGUCCCACAGCACAGGGUCUCCCUUGCGCGUACUUAAAAACUGCUUUCGCACUUGGCCCUCUUUUUUCCUCGCGUUUGGUGCGUUUCACUUUGGGGCUGGAAAGGCUAGCACCGUACAUUGUGCGACUCGCGAAGCGUUACGUGUAUCGCGACUCUCGUAAAGUGACUCGUAGAGCGACCGACGAGGCAACCCGUAAAAAAGCGAAUUGCGACGCGGCUCUGUUCUUGGGGCGACAUUACAUUACCGUCUCCAUCUGCAAAGAAUUUCUCGUUCCACUCCGCCGCGCGGGACUUCGGGACGGCCAAACAAACUCUCGGUUUUGCCACGCUCUUGCGACCUUGCAAACUCGUGGCCGCCUCGACUUUUACGACUGCGUCAAAUUACCGCGAAUCCGCAAACAUGCUCGAGCGUGCGGAGUGGCGUCACCCGCUUAACUCCCUACUGCGAGCCGUUGCUGCAAAAUUUAAACGCGGUCUCGAUAAAAGCCGCGUAACCGUAGUUUCAACGAUCCACUUUGUUCAGCAUUUUCGGCGGUCGUAAACGGAAACUGGCAAAGUGAAUUGUUCUAAAACACUCAAAGUUGUGUAACUCUGGGUUCUCCGAGAGCAAAAGUUGAGGAUACAAAAACGCUUUAUACAGCAAACAAGAAAUGGAGUUGCACCUACUAGCGAUGCCGUCGAGAGUAGAUGACAAUGCUACAGUCGCUCGGGUCACGUGUGGAAAGCUGGUUAAGAAAUAGUAGGUUUUGCAUGUGUAGCAAGUUCCAACUUUUUGUCGAAACAAAUUUUUUCUAGGUUUUUUUGUUUUUUUUUUUGUAGUUGUAACCAUGGGUUUAUUUCAGGGCAUCGGAGCCCCUGUGCUGGUAGUCUUUUUGUGCACGUAAAAAUGUCUUCUGUACACAUAAAAAAAAAGAAAGAUUUUUUUGCAUUGCCACACGUCAGUUGCCAUUUACCGAGACUGGCGCACACUAAGUACCGAGCAUCUGUUGUUAUACAAACCAUUGAGUCGCAAAAAUAAAUUAAUUUUAGAAGUUUU